GCGGACCCCGCUCGAGACGGGCCCUGCUCGCUCCGUCGCUCGUUCGCUCGCUGCGUCCCCCCCGCCGCCGCCGCCGCCGCUCACGGCCGCUUCCUCCGUCACGGGAGAUGAGGAGGCGCGACGAGGAGGCGUGACGAGGUGCAGAAGAAGACGGAGGGGCAGGAGGAGAGACGCUCGCACACACGCGCACACCAGGAGACCGUGAAGGAGGUCGUCAGGAUAUCCAUGAGCCCCGAGGUCGCAUGAGUGAGGCGACGCGGCCGCCCAUGAGCCUCGCCUCGGACCCGGGCGGCGCCAGGCCAGAAGGCCCUCCGGUGGAAGGGAGAUCAGGGGCCUGUGUCAGCGUGGAGAGGUCCUACUCUUUCGAUGUGGACGCCACAGGAAUGGUCCAGAGAUGCGUGAUUGUCCAAAAAGACGAGUUUGGCUUUGGGUUGACGGUCAGCGGAGACAACCCCGUGUUUGUGCAGUCUGUCCGGAAAGAUGGCGCGGCCAUGCGUGCUGGAGUACAGCAGGGAGAUCGCAUCAUUAAGGUCAAUGGGACACUGGUUACCCAGUCGAAUCACCUUGAAGUUGUCAAGCUCAUCAAGUCGGGUUCGUACGUGGCGCUGACGUUACUGGGCCGGCCCCCCGGCUGCCCCGAGCCCCCGCCAUCGCUCGCCGACGCGCGCCACGACAGCCUGCUGUCCCUGGUGGGCUCGCCGGGCCUCUCGCCUGACCACAACUCCUCCCAGCUCGCCGGCUCCAGGGACAGCAGCAGCUCGUCCCCCGGAACAAACGAUGAGCACCGGGGCGUGCUGCGUGACGGGAGGCCAGGCCUUCAGCGAAUGCUCGAGCAAGCCAAGGAAGAGCGGGAGCGUUUGUUGGAGGAUCCACGGAGCGCGGAAGUUCCUCAUCUGAUCAACGAGAUCCGCAGCAUCGAAGCUCGCAUCCAACAGCUAGAGCAGCGGCUCCGCAGGGCCGGUGAUGGGACGCAGGACUUUGUUGAUGGUUUUCAAGAAAGCAAGAGUGGUGCCAAGUUGGUGAGGCAGCAUGGUGAGGAAAAUGCCGCCGGCCAGCCCGACCUUCUCUCCUCAUUGCCAGAGAACUUUAUGGGCAAGAAGCUGCAGGACCUGGAGGAAAACUCAAGCCUGGCGAGUGGCAAGGGGGCAGCCCGACGUGCCAUGUCACAUGACAUUCACUCCACUCACUCCGACAUCCCUGUCAACCACAUGAUUCCACCGUGCAGUGCGCCACCAACAACCAUCUUCCCCCAGCACUCCAUCAUCGGCCCUGAGGAUGAGGACUUUCCUUCAGACAGCGAGCAGGCCGAUAACCAAGCGGUGUUUGCGCGCCUGGAGAGGGUCAAGGAGCGGCCGGCACACAUGGCGGUGUUCCUGCAGUACGUGGUGUCCCAGCACGACCCUGCACCGCUGAUGCUGAAUCUGAUGGCAGACGCAGUUCUACAUUCGAAGGAGCCUCGCAAGAUGUUUACUUCCCUUUACAUGCUCUUUCUCGAUCGACACGCGCCCUUGAAGGUGACACUGGCAGAUUCCAUCCAGAGCGAGUUUGAUGAAGCCAAAAACCGGGAGGAUGUCCCAGAGGCAACGCUGGGAGAAGCUCGGGAGAGCGUGCUCAGGGUCAUCGAGGAGCAACUCCAGGACUACAGGAGCAAGAGUGAGAUGGGUCUCGGAAGCUUCUACGGGGAGAACGAGUUAAUGAGCCUGAGCGGGGAUCAGGUGGAGGAGCGCAUGGCGGCUGAGCAGCUCUGCGCCAAGCUCAUGGACAUCAUUGGGAAAAUGGAGGAGGACAGAAGGAACGCCAUGGUGCAGGUGAUCACCACGUACAUGCACGGCGUCGGGGUGAAGAUGAAGUGGGCUCGUCCGGUCCCCUCCCUGGAACGGCCCCCUUCCAGCACCGACAAGCGGCUCUUCAACAUCCUGCCCAACAAGAAGAAGCCUGUCCCCAAGAAGGAAAAGGAUCUGAUAAAGGAGAACGACAAGAAAAGAUUCUCGUUGUUUCAAGACAAAUGGAAACGGGAUCGAGAUAAAGGCAGUCAAUUCUAUUUCCCUGCGAUGCCUGUGGCCAACCCAUCCGAUGCAGGCCGCUCAAGCUCUCUGCCCAAGCUGCCCAGGCUGGCGGGCCCCUCGCUCGACGUUUACGAUCUCUCGUCCGAGUCCUCCUCGCCCGGAACGGGGGCCUAUCCCAGCAUCACUCCCAGCAACAGUUCCUCGCCGCGUCUCCUCCCGCGAUACCCAACUGUGGACGAAUCGGACAUGGAGAAUGGUGGCGUUAACCCUUCGAUGGGUCGCCGUUCCUCCGAGCAGCUGGGUGCCACGGACGGGCGCACGCCCAAGCACCGCGUGUCCUUGGAACCCCCAGUGGAGCCCUCGCCGAUCCCCAUGGGGGAUGAGGAUGGAGGGGACUCGGACAGUAUAACCAGCCAGACGGUGUCGGAGUCGGAGAACGUGAGCCGUCAGUCUAUGGUGUCCGUGCCCUCGGAAGACGACCAGUCACGCGAGCCCGAGGAGCUGGAGACGCCCAACUGGCAGCAUUCGGUCGACCCCGAAGUGCUUAAAGACCUUCCCGUCAUUGAGGUCAAGAGGCAGGAGGUCAUCAACGAGCUCUUCCACACGGAGAAGAAGCACGUGCAGAAUCUGAAGGUGCUGUACGAGGUGUUCUACUCGCGGCUGGCGCCCGUCCUCACCAACAACGAGACGUACCAAAUCUUCAUCAACCUCGACGAGAUCCUGCCCAUCCACGAGAGUCUGAACGAAGCCAUGCGGAAGAUAAGAGAGAAGAGCCAGGUGGUGGCCGAGAUUGGAGAUCUGAUGCUGGCCCGGUUUGACGGCGAGGCUGGCGAGGUGCUGAAGGCGGCCACCGCCAAGUUCUGCAGCCUGCAGUCGCAGGCGCUCGACAUCGUGCGCAGCAAGCAGAAGAAGGACCCACGCUUCCAGCAGCUGAUGAUGGAAGCAGAGAGCAAGCCAAAGUGCAGGAGACUGCAGCUCAAAGACUUCAUGCUGACCGAGAUGCAGCGCCUUACCAAGUACCCGCUGCUCCUGCAGAACAUUCUCAAGUACACGCAGGUCGAGCACCCGGACCACAAGAAGCUGCACAAGGCAGGGGAGUGCUGCCGGCGCAUCCUCAAUGACGUCAACGAGACCGUGCGGGAGACCGAGAACGCGCAGAGGCUGGAAGAUUACCAGCGACGGUUGGAUCUCUCUUCCCUGGAGCGAUCCUACAACCCGCUUGUCACCGACUUUAAGAACCUGGAUCUCACACACAAGAAGAUGCUGUACGAAGGUCCUCUCACGUGGAGAGUCAACAAGGAAAAGAGCAUCGACCUGCACGUGCUGCUGUUGGAGGACCUGCUCGUGCUGCUGCAGAAGCAGGACGAGCGGCUGGUGCUGCGCUGCUACAGCAAGACGUCUGCCGGGACGGCGACGGACGCCAAGCAGACCUUCAGCCCCGUCAUCAAGCUGGGCACGGUGCUCGUUCGGCCCGUGGCCACCGAUAAACGAGCCUUUUUCUUGAUCACGACGUCACAGUUGGGCCCACAGAUCUAUGAGCUGGUGGCUGUCACGAGCAAAGAGAUGCUCAUUUGGCAGACACAGUUGGAACAUGCGGUGGAGAAAGAGAAGCAACAGGAAGGCACUCAGAACAUGACCUCCUUCAUCCUGCUCGGGCCGCAGGGGUACAAGAAGCCACGCGCGAGCACGUCACACGAGCACAAAGAUUCCGUUGCGACGGUCGUCGGCAAGCAAGGUGGCGACGACGUCCGGCCGUCCUCCUUCACGUCCCUGUCCGACGACAUUCUGGAUGUGACGGCUGGAAAGGAGGAGAGCGGCGACGUCGCGGCGAGCAGCGGCCUGGACUCCUACAGCGAGCCGGAGGAGGCGCCGCUCAUGACGAGGGUGCCGGAGACGAUGAGCAGCAGGCGGAGCGUGGCGGCGCAGCUCGAGGAGGAGCCGGGCGCGGAGAAGGAGCUGGCCCAAGCCGCCCUGCGCGACGUGGGGCUUCUGCGGAGGAUGCUGGUGCGCCACCUGCGCGUCGUGGCCGGGCCCCGCGACGACGGCGACUUGGAACGCGGCCUCAGCCUCCUGCAGUCCCAGCUGUCGUACAGCCCACACCCCGCUCGGUCCCCCCACCACUCCGCACACGGGGAGGAGGCGGUCGACGGCAGGCGCGGAGAGGCCGACGAGAAGGAUGCGGAUGCGGCGGCGGGGGGGGUAUCCGGUCCUCACGACGGCUGGAAGGGGGACGCGGGACGGGGCGCUGGCGACGCCGUGCACUUUAGCGACGAGGAGCAGAGAUUGGAGCAGAACGGCACGGGGAGCGCGGAAGGGGGGACGGUGCCGAUCAUCCGCCGUGAAGGAAACUAUUUCUUUUUAGCGAGGCCGAGCGGACCCCAGGAGAGCAGCACAGACGACGACCUCGCGGGGGGGGGCGGCGUGGAGAAGCACGAGACGCUUGCCGAGAGCGACGAGGAGGGCGCAGGUGAAGCGGCGGCGGCGUCGCUCUACCGGAGCGAGGAGGUGCCCGAGCGGCUGCAAACUUUCCCGAUCAGCAGCAGCGGGAGCGAUCAUUUCAGCCGCUACCACGACCACACCGCGGUGCCGGCCUCGCUAUACCAGGAUGAACUGGAGCCCCCAUCACCACGUGUGGUAUUCUCCCCACUGCCCGUGGACGAUGUCUUUAAUACACUGGAAAGCCUCACUCAGAAACUCAAACUGCUGCAGGCCAUCGAGGAGAAGUUUAAUAUGAACGAGUGACAAGAUCAGGCGCGGCCCACUUCCAGGGACCCCCACUCUGGCAAGCAGCGAUGUGCACGCCCCCCCCCGCAACCCCGGACCGUCGCUCAAUCCGUGUGAAGCUAUGAGCCCCCAUCCAUGGCUCUGUCUGGCACAUUCACACUCACCUCGAGUACGGUAAUGUGACGUUUAAGACCGUUGCCAUUUUUUCUCUCCUUUUUUUUAACUGCUGUAUAAAAAACCCAGAUGUAAAAGACACUGGAUGGAGUUGACGAGGCAAUGCUUUUUUUAACUCGGCGCUUGGGCGUCUUCAAUUCAUUUCAAUCCCAAGGCUAAGUUGUACAAAGGUAGCCUCGCUUUCGUAAACACAAAAAACUUUCAGUUUGAGGUCGUCCUUAGUCCUUUGUGGGAUUGGACGGUGGGGGGGGUUGGUAAUUUAGGGGGGGGGAUGCACAAUUACAAGUAAUCGUCGUUUGCGAUGGGACCUUGGGAGAAAGCAGGAGCUGCUCAAUUGGCUUCUUGACGAGCUGGCUCUUUUUUUCUAAAGAGCUUGCGCAGGCAAGUACGUUUACCAGCACUUGCCAGAGCACUGUCAGAUCUCUGAAGUCAAAAGCCAAGUGUUCCAGCAUUACACCUACCUGCCUUUGACCCACCAAAGGUGUAAGAGGCUUUGCGGGCGUUUGAGGUCAAUGAAGCCAAUUGCGUUGGUUGUUCUGCAUUCCACCAACCUCCACCCACCUUCGCGACCUGCACCGACCAGCACGGUGAAGCACGGUCAAACAUCUCUCACGGGCCUACAAGGCCCUCAUCCAGCGGUGGAUCGACAAUAACAGGCUGUACGUGCGCACACACUUUACCGACGGCGCUAUCGUGCCGGCGCACUGGGGUUGUUGUGCACCUCCGACCGUGUCCGUCCGCGUACGCUGCGCGGUGCGGCAAGCAGGCCGGCUCGAGUACGCGGCGAGCCGGGGGGGGGGGGGACUGGGUAACCGUGUGUGCUACAUUUUUUUGAUUCCACAUCAGAUGCUGAGAAUGCAAUAUGGUGGGAGCCCCUUCCCCCCCACCUUCCCCCCUCUACUAUUCUUGGGAGAUUUAACCAAAACGAUGUAAAUGUGACAGGGUUUCAAAGGGGUGCUGUCUUCUUGUUUUUGUAGGCGUGUGUCACUUUUGAGUAGUCGGGGAAAGCCUCACGUAUUUAUCUGCUCUUAAAGAUUUAGCAAUGACCUCAGUACGGUUUUGGGCGGUUUGAUUUAUGCAUUGGAAGAAAACGCACACUUGUACAAACAGAAAAUUAUUAUUCACAAGCGUUUCGAUUCUCUAUACAUCAACUGAGGACAGCAAUCAGAGUUUUUAAAUUGUGCAAGUUUUGGGAGGGCCCGUAAUGUUAAUGAUACAUGUAAGAAUAAUGUUCAUGAUGAUUGAUGGUGGUGGUGAUGAUGAUGGUGGUGGUGUACAUGCAGACAUGCUGUAAGAGUAAUUAUACAUAUAUUUUUAAACGUUAAGAAUGUAAUCAUACGCGUGCUGAUUUUUAGGAGCCGACUAACCGCAUUAAUGAGCUGCUUAUUUUGUGGUCGCCCCUCCCGGUCGUCACUACAUGGCCAUCCCGCGUUGGGGUGGCCAUCUCUCCUUGGUAGUCGUGCGAUCUCUGGGACCCGUGUGCUCAGCCUUGACAAAACGUUGCGUUGUGACGAUGGCGUCGGAACACCGAGGGACGCUUGCGUGGGCUCGCGUUGGUAACCCCGUGGUCCCGGGUUUAGCCAGGCAGGAGGAACACAGGUCGUCGGUGCAGUACAACAGCGCGUAUCUGACUCGCCAGGGGGACGGAGGUCAAGGCGAAUGUGUGAACGUGCCGAGAGUGACCGUCACACCGUCGUGCACAAAUAAUAGGUCAGCGGACACAAAGCUCAAAGCUGCUUUGGAGGGAAGGUGCGCUUCGUGAGCGAGCGAGCGAAUGUUUCCUAGAGUAGGAGCACGCGAUCGUGCGUGACAACGGUCGAGUUUGUGAACGUCUACAAAAAAAGUUUAGUCGAACAGUGCACAUACACUGCACAAACACUGCACCGGGGCGAGGGCUGUUAAUCCUGACGGGGGCAGACACGUGACGGGUCGGAUAUGCGACAAUUUGUACUGUGGUUGGUUUCUACGGGAAGAGAGGGGAAUGAUGCUGGAACUCGGAUGGAUGGAACUGGGCAGCUGAUGAAACCCCCUGUUCAUGAAGCACGUCUUGGAUGUAGUCUCGCACCCCCGUCCCUGCCCACCACCACCAAUAGUUUGGCGAUUUUAUUUGGGGAUCGGGGAGGGGGCGGAGGGCUACGUUUCUUGAGCAAUAUGCAUAUCGCUGUGCUGGUAUCCCAUCAUCAGCAAUGACAACAGUGUAGCAUACUACGUGCCCAAGCACGUACGUAAGAGUACCAGUGAAUUGUUUGGCAGUUUUAUGGCUCAGGUAGACGAUUAAACAAACAAAAAAUGCACAAAUGGCAUUAAAACACUAAUUUCCUCUUCAAGCAAAACUGAACGACCGUCAGCCACUAGACCCUAAGCCGUAUGUGCUCUUUAAAGCAACCGAUGGCGAAACAUUCGUCCGUGGCUUGCCCGUAAGUGCUAAUUCUAGUUCAAAGCAAAUUUCCCUCUGGUACUGAGCAAUUACAGCGGCGGCAGCGGCAGUAGCAGCAGGGGCUGCUGGUCUGAGCUGCCCACCGCCACUGCCGCCCCCUCUAUGCAGUGUUGGGGAUCAUCUCGACCCACGGACACAUUGGCUCUGGCUGCCGGUAAAACGACGUUCCUUGUCGCCGCGUUGCCCCAUUGAAGAGCGGUCGUUUUUGUCCGACACCGAUUCCGAGCUGCUUUUUUUUUUACCGGAAGAUGUUUGGGUUUUAUAGUAGAUGCCGUGAACAAUGGGUUUAGUCGAAACUGUCUUUUUUUGUAAUCAUUUAAGGCUGCAUGGUUAAAAUGCUUUAAUUUGUGCUAGAUUGGCUCCUGAUCGUUCUUCCUUGGUGUCAAUUAUGGAGGGCUUUCUUUUGACCACAUGCAUUCCAUGCACUUUCUUUUACUGGACUUAGAUUCAUAUUAUUAUUGUUAUUAUAGUUAUGACAUUACACAGAUUACUGACUGGACUGCCGGAAACUGGCGACUUCUUGUGUGUUUCCCUUGUCUCUUAGAUACCAAUGGCAUAAGUAACAGGAGAAUGAUGUACAUUUGGGCCCUGUGUGCUAUUUAAUUUUAACACUAAUGCAAAAAUGCCAUAAUAUACAGUUUGUGGGUGAUGGCUGGGCAUGUAAUAUAAAUGAGGCCCUAAUUAUUGCGGGGCGAGUUGUAAUUAUAGACGUAUAGAGGCGCCUGUGACUUGUCCGCAAGGCACGCGGACACGUGUGUACGUUCAGAGAGCACCCGGCGGACGUUAACGGCGGAAGCUCGUGUUAUGCAUUGACAAUAAACAAACCCUUGUUGUAAACAGAGUGCCAUCUUUACCUUUGUGGUAUGGAACUCGCACGUGAUUUGCCCCAGGUAUUGUCACGGAAGUGUACAAUCGUUUGAAUCGGCAAAGAGCAGACGAUGACUUUGCUCAUCCGCUCCCGUGUCGUCGUCUGUUAAGAGGAGCCGUGCGCGACCUCUGAUGAUCAUUCAUGCGCCGUUACAGACCGUGCGGGGUGGCUGGUGGGGGAUUGCCUGUGCCCCCCCCCCCCCCACAAACGGUCGUCUUUGGUCGGACUAAGUUGGUUUGACGGAUACGAAAUGACUGAAUGAAUUGGUUUCCAGUGGAGGGCGUCGGAGAUUGUCACAUGUGACCUAUUAUUGUUGAGAGAACGGGCUGAUUUUUAUGAAAAUUUAAAUCUUAUUUGGAGAACCUUUCCAAAGCACUAAUUACCGUAGUUUUGGUGUGCACGAGUUCGUGGUACGGGAUGGAGUUCCACUAUCGGUUUAUCUCACUCAACGCAGGUGCACCCUUCCAAAACCCUGGAGAACGGAGUUAUGUACAUGAACGUGUUUGGAAAAUGAAGACGCUAAAUUGGAAUCUGAUCCAAUUUUUUUUUUUACAAACUCCGCAAACAAAAUUCACAUAAAGCCGAAACGUUUUACCUUGAAUUGGCUUUAUUUGUUUUAACUGGUUGAAAACUGAAAAUGUACAAAAUACCAUAUGGUCGAUUCCACGUGUAACAGAAUUAUAGCGUGCAACAGAGAACCAGAUACAGUGAAACCUCAAUAUAAUACAGUAAUAAACCACGGGGACCAUACAAAUGAAAUGCUGUUUGUGGGGAAACAUUCAAUGGGGGAAUGUUCGACCGCAGUCGUUGGGCCAAUGGGGGGAUACUUUUGGGGGGUUUUACAAAUGGGAGAUUGGAUACGGAAACCGCACGAAGCGGAAACGUUAUAAUGAGGCUUCACUCGUCACAAAAUGUAACGUUUGGACUUUGACGAGUUCAAAAGUGUUGGUGCGCCGCGUAAAAUGUCUUCAUUGACCCCGCGGCGUAUCGCACUUGCAUUGGUCUUGUAAUCCCGUUGCCGUGAUAUCGCCCAUAUACAUUUCCUUUAUUUUUGUUAUUUUUAUUAAGUCUAUUGAAAUGAAAUUGCAUCUACAGAUCGUGUACUUAUUUUUAUGAAAACAUUCUAUGCAUAGUAAAAAAACAAAUAAAACAAACAAACUCGU